GAGGGAACUAAAACAAAAAGCAGUAGCUGAUAAAAUAGACAUGGAGAAGCAUCCUGCUUGUAAAAUUUUUGCUCCUUAUACCUCAAACCAAUCUCUUGUGUUUGCAUUACCUCAGUUUACUGCAUUGUUAUGCUUAGAAAAGCUAAUAAAAGAGAUACUGCUUGCUACCAAUGUACAGGGAGAGGAUCUGCUGAUUCAAAUAAAGGAAGCUGUUUGCAUUGACUUUGAGAAACUUCAAGCAUUUGCUGAGAUCUUAUGCAAAUUCAAAGUGACAGCUGACAUGGGAAAUGCGAUUACGAAAGAAUACAGAGAAGCUUAUUGCAGUGAUGAUCUAAUUAGAGCAAAUGAUGAUCGUGCUAAAGGGCUGAAGAUUUACCUUCCUACAAAUGUUACUUCAGAGUUUAAGACGAUGCGAUUAAAUUUAGGCCAAACAUUCUUUGAUGUGGGAUCAAUCAUGAUGAACAACCCUCAGUCUCCGUCCCUUGAUAAUAUCAAAUCUGUAUUGCGUACCUACGACAAAACAUUAAGACCUCAAGUGGCUCAGUGUCAAGAUAUCCGUGAACUUUUAGAAUUAGUUUGUGAUAGCUGUCAGCUUGAUGAUAUUAGUGUGCUAGAGUAUUUUGUUAAUAAGUUCAAUAUAGAGGAGGCUAAGCCAGUUAUUGAGGCAUAUAAAAAAGCUAUUGAUGAGCUAAAGGAAAUGAAACUCAGUCGGUGUCUGAAUGAAACAUUUUCACAUGCUUCGCCACUUGAGUGUGAAAUCGUUACCAUUUUUGUUGAUGAAGUUGCUAACCAGUCAGUGCUUAAUGAUGUCAAAAGGCUUUCAUUGGCUGUAUUUAAGGAUUUCUCACAACAUGUCAGAUUAAAUGUCAUUAGAGAUAGCAAUUCCUUUACCAUCACUUGUUCCUUCCCUUUGAUUCUAUCUGAGCAGUUAAUUACAACUGCUCUUAAUAAUAUUGAUGUACUGAAAGAAAACAAAGUGAAGAGAUUAACCAUUGGAUACUACACUGUGUAUGAGGUAAAUGACACCUCCACUCCUACUAAAUGUGGUUUAAUGAAACAAUUGAUGCUGUCAUUGAGUGUACAACUGAUCAAUAGAACAGAGGAGGUUACUACUUUAAAUGAGGUAUGA